CUCUCUCACACCAACAACAAUGGGAGCAACGCUCAUUGCUACCCUUCUGCUUCUCCAUUUUCUUCUUCUCACGGUUCAAGGUAGUAACCCAGAUUUGGACGCUCUGGUAGCCUUCAAAACCGCUUCAGACACGUCCCAAAAGCUCACCACAUGGAACACCAGCACCACCAACCCCUGUUCGUGGAGCGGCGUCUCCUGCACUCGCCACCGAGUCUCGCGACUCGUUCUCGAAAACCUAAACCUCCAAGGCUCCAUUCACCCCUUAACGUCCUUAACUCACCUCCGAGUUAUCAGCCUCAAAGGAAACCGUUUCUCCGGUCCCCUCCCCAACCUCUCCAACCUCACCGCUCUCAAGCUCCUCUUUUUAUCCAACAACCACUUCUCCGGCGACUUUCCGCCCUCCCUCACGUCGCUCUCCCGCCUCUACCGCCUCGAUCUCUCCAACAACAACCUCUCCGGCGAGCUUCCGGCCACGCUCACCCACUUCACCCACCUCCUCACUCUCCGCCUCGACGCAAACAACUUCUCCGGCCACAUUCCCGACGUCAACCUUCCCACCCUCCAAGACUUCAACGUCUCCGGUAACCGCCUCUCCGGCGAGAUACCCAAAGCCUUGUCAACUUUCCCCGAUUCCUCAUUCGGGCAAAAUCCGUUUCUCUGCGGCGCCCCAUUAAAAAAAUGCGCAUCAGACCCGACCAAACCGGGAUCCGAAGGUGCCAUCGCUUCACCAUUGUCACCCCAAAACAACAUUCCCCCAACAACUACCGUAUCCUCUUCCCCGAGUUCAAUGCCGAAAACAACAACAUCAAGUAGUAAAAAUCACGAGAAGGGUGGUUCUAAAAUAAGCCCGGUGGCUCUUAUAGCUAUUAUAGUGGGUGAUGUUUUGGUUCUUGGUUUAGUUUCUUUGCUUUUGUACUGCUACUUCUGGAGGAACUACUCUGCGAAGCUGAAGGAGGGGAAGGGGUCGAAGCUUUUCGAGAGUGAAAAGAUUAUUUAUUCAUCGAGUCCUUACCCUGCUCAGGGAGGUUUUGAGAGGGGUCGAAUGGUGUUCUUCGAAGGGGAGAAAAGGUUUGAGCUUGAGGACUUGCUGCGAGCCUCUGCGGAAAUGCUUGGGAAGGGUGGGUUCGGGACUGCGUACAAAGCGGUUCUCGAUGACGGGAACGUGGUUGCGGUGAAGAGGCUGAAGGACGCGCAGAUAACAGGAAAGAGGGAGUUCGAGCAGCACAUGGAGGUGUUGGGAAGGCUGAGACACCCCAACGUUGUUAGCUUGAGGGCUUACUAUUUCGCGCGCGAGGAGAAGUUGCUCGUUUAUGAUUACAUGCCCAAUGCCACCUUGUUCUGGCUCCUCCACGGGAACCGAGGACCCGGAAGGACCCCACUGGACUGGACCACGAGGCUGAAGAUAGCAGCUGGUGCGGCCCGAGGCGUGGGCUUCAUUCACAGCUCCUGCAAGUCCCUUAGGCUCACCCACGGUAACAUCAAAUCCACCAACGUCUUACUCGACAAGCACGGCAACGCGCGGGUAUCCGAUUUUGGGCUCUCGGUGUUCGCGGGCCCAGGCCCAGGCCCACUGGGAGGGAGGUCGAACGGGUACCGCGCGCCCGAGGCAUACGAUGGUCGAAAACAGACCCACAAGUCUGACGUGUACUCCUUCGGCGUGCUCUUGCUGGAGCUGCUCACGGGGAAGUGCCCCUCCGUGGUGGAGAGUGCAGGGAGUGCUUACGGUGGGGUCGUGGAUCUACCGCGGUGGGUCCAAUCAGUGGUGAGGGAGGAGUGGACCGCUGAGGUGUUUGACUUGGAACUUAUGAGGUAUAAAGAUAUCGAGGAGGAGAUGGUGGGGCUGCUUCAGAUUGCCAUGUCGUGUACUGCACCUGCACCGGAUCAACGCCCCAGGAUGACCCACGUCAUUAAGAUGAUUGAGGAGUUGCGUGGGGUCGAGGUGUCACCUUCUCAUGACACGUUGGAUUCGGUUUCUGAGUCACCUUCCUUGUCUGAAGAUGCGUGUGGAACGAGUCAGUGAACUAGCUUGUGUGGUAGAGUGGUAGUAGUAUUAUUGUAAAUCAGAUUAUUGGGGGGUUUUGAUUUUCUCAUUAUUUUUAUUUAAUCUCCUAGUAUUUGUUUUUCCCUAAUUCCUGAAUGCCAAGAUAAAUUUUCGCUCAACAUUUUCGGCUAAUUAAAUGAUGUUUAAUGGAGGCCAAGGUUCUUCUUUCCUAAAUUUGUUGACUAGUAGCAUGUCUUGGAAUAGGUUCACGUGGAUUAAUUAGCAUUUGAUUGGGAUUUGUGAUGUCUCUUUUGACCGCA